CUCGACACAGACACCCGACAUCAACAGCAUCAACACUUUACCUUCCUACUACCGCGUCCAUUCUAGACUCCCACGGUUGCUUUGUAGAGUACAUUACAGCACUGCACAAAUUAUCGUUUUCCUCACAAUGUCUGCUCUCCAAUCCACACCAUCCAAGCAGGUAGCAUCUGCCGUUGACACGCUCAAGAUGUCUGAUUCACCAGUGAAGAAGAUCGACUUCUCGUCUGCAGACAAGGAGAACACAUACAAGCCCAUCGUCGGCAUUCCUGACCUCGAUGCUGCCGACGAGGUCGAGAAGAAGGUACACUCUGUUGCACCAACCAUCAAGCCUGAGGAGGCUGAGGAGCCCAUUCUGCAAGAGAACCCUCAGCGCUUCGUUCUCUUCCCCAUUAAAUACCAUGAUGUCUGGCAAAUGUACAAGAAGGCCGAGGCUUCCUUCUGGACCGCCGAGGAGAUCGAUCUCUCCAAGGACCUGCACGACUGGAACAAGCGUCUCAACGACGACGAGCGCUUCUUCAUCUCCCACGUCCUCGCCUUCUUCGCCGCCUCCGAUGGCAUCGUCAACGAGAACCUUGUCGAGCGUUUCUCCGGCGAGGUACAGAUCCCUGAGGCUCGAUGCUUCUACGGCUUCCAAAUCAUGAUGGAGAACGUCCACGCCGAGACAUACUCGCUCCUCAUCGACACAUACAUCAGCGAGCCCAAGCAGCGCACAUACCUCUUCAAUGCCAUUGACAACAUUCCCUGCAUCCGCAAGAAGGCCGACUGGGCUCUGCGAUGGAUCUCUGACAAGAACUCCACCUUCGCCAACCGUCUGGUUGCCUUCGCCGCUGUCGAGGGCAUUUUCUUCAGCGGUUCGUUCGCGUCCAUCUUCUGGCUGAAGAAGCGUGGUCUCAUGCCCGGUCUCACAUUCUCCAACGAGCUCAUUUCUCGUGACGAGGGCAUGCAUACAGACUUCGCCUGCCUGCUGUUCUCUCUCCUUAACAACCGCCCCAGCAAGGAUGCUGUCGCGGCCAUCAUCACCGAGGCUGUCACAAUCGAGCAGGAGUUUUUGUCAGAUGCCCUUCCCUGUGCGCUGCUCGGCAUGAACGCUACCCUCAUGUGCCAGUACAUCGAGUUCGUUGCCGACCGUCUCCUCUUGGCUCUCGGCAAUCCCAAGCACUACAACGCUACCAACCCCUUCGACUUCAUGGAGAAUAUCUCGCUGGCCGGCAAGACCAACUUCUUCGAGAAGCGUGUCGGUGACUACCAGAAGGCUGGUGUCAUGGCUAGCACAAAGAAGGCAGAGCAGCAAGUAGAGGGCUCCUCGCCUCCUGCUGAGGCACAGGGCAUGUCUGGAGACUUCUGCUUUGAGGAGGACUUCUAGACGCCCUGCUCUGCUAGACUUUUGCUUUCUUACCUGCCAUAUUGCCAACAUUUCGCGCUGUAUACCUUUUGGACUUUGGGCAUGGGGUGCUGGGUUACCUCUACUUGCAUUCAUCUCUGCAUCUUCAGAGUGAGACUGCGUGCAUCUCCACUAUGGACGGCUUGCAUUGCUACUUUUGAUACCUCUUUUCUGCAUUUUGGAGUACUGGCGUUGGUGGUCGUGUUCAGCGACGUAUCUUGGAUGUUGCAGUUUCGCACAAUGGACGUUGAUGGCUUCAGAGUAAUGAUCAGUUCAAUACAAUUAUUAAAUAAUGACCUUUUCC